ACUCGAAAACAGCGUUGUUGGAUAUUUGAAUGCAAUCAGGAUACUUGGAUAUUGCUAAAGGUGCACAUUUUACCGUAUGGUAUUAAAUUUCUUUUUAUUGCAGGUGUAGGAGUGGUGACACAUAUACAAAAAGGGUUACUGGUUUUAGGUAUAGGAUUAAUUUGCGAGCGAGUGGAGAUUACUGUAACCGAAUAUAUCUGCUUAAUGAAAUGGCCUCAAGCGCUCUUCAGGUGUUCGGAUUUACCCUUGGAGUUCUAGCAUGGGUUGGCAUGAUUGGGACUUGCGCUUCCCCGGAAUGGAGGAAAAACAGUCACGGUCAAACACUUAUUGAUAACACGCUAAAGUACGAAGGGUUGUGGGUUUCGUGUACAGCGUUCGUAACAGGCCAGACCAACUGCAAAGACUACGCAGAAUUCUUCGUGAACCUUCCACAGGUGCUUCAGAUUUGUCGAGCUUUGAUGAUAUCAUCGAUUGGGACUGGCUUUGUGGCCAUUAUAAUAACCGUGCUGGGCAUGAAAUGCGUUGGGCUGGGCAGCAGUAAUCAUAUCGUCAAAGCAAGAAUUGCCUUGCUUGGAGGAUUACUGUUCGGAAUAUCUGGGGUUCUGACUGGUGCUGCGGUGUCUUAUUACGCGCAAGGUGUUUUACAAGAUUAUUACAAUCCGAGUUUUGCCCAGGGACUUACCAAUGUACCUUCGAUACGAAUAUGGAAAUGCUUUGUUUCUUGGUUGGGCAAGUCUAGCACUUGGUAUACUUUGUGGUGUGCUCGUAUGCGCCUCAACGAUAGCCAUCCUAGUUCGUCCGCCACGACCCCCAGCCCAUUAUCGCGAAUUUACACCGAUAUCGAUAAUGCAAAAAACUACAGACCACAGUUCGCACCAACCCUACGUAUUACCAUCGACGCGACACGCAAGAAACCAACCGCAACAAAAACAAACACGAUUUUCUGACUCCGGAGCGAAUAACGGUAAUAACGGUUUGACGUACGGAAGCUCAAUGACGUCAUCAACCGGGUAUCACGUCCCAAGUGAUGCAAGAAGACAACAAAACGUAACGGAAGAAGAAAGAAGAUCCCGCCGUAUAAAAGAUCGGAUAUCAGCAGACGUGCAUACAUCUGCAAACACAACAGAUGAUUCUGCAGAAGCAACAAAAGUUCACGCGGUUUCGCAUUCGUUAAAAGCUUAUGUUUAGAAUAAGAGAAUACAGUAGGGUGGGGAAAGAUGGGGCACCUUUAGCACAUAAAAUCCAAAUACCCUGAUCGUGUUUUAAACAAUUAACAGCGGUCUAUGAGAGUCGUGAGGAUACGGUUUUAUAAUUCUUUAAAUGUUCUUUGUUUACUACUAAAUGGGACGAAAAAAUGGAAUAAAAAGGUGUCGCAUCUUACCCUACCCGAUUAUGUUACGUUUUAUUCCAGCGGUAUAUGUAUCGCUUGGAAACAUUUAUACCUACUUUUUUAUUUGCUAUGCCGCGUUUGCAUGGAACCUUUGUUUUUUAUUUGGUUUCUGCGUUUAUUAUACAUUAAUGAAUUACCAUCAUCUGU